AUGAGUGACCGAUCUUACGCAGACUCUGGCUACCCCAACGACUACGAGCCAGACGCUACAUACGACACCCUUGGAACAAAUUAUGAAUCGACAGGCACAACAUACGAUCUAACAGGCUAUGGCGGUUAUGGGAAUACAGCAUCCCGCUACUCCUUGGCUGCCAGUGGCGUUGAUACCAAUGCCAGUGACCUAGCAUACGAUGUCAAUACAUAUGAUACUGGAUAUGGCACCACAGCCUACGAUCCAAGCACUGGAGCCUAUGAUCAGCACCUCGAUUAUAGCACUGGAGAUGCACGACGACAUCAUCGCGAGCGACUCAGUUCCACUGGAACAUAUCGACACCGGGAUGUUGAUCGCCGGGAUGAUGGAACUACCCAUGUCCAUCGCGAAUACAUGAAUCCUAAUACCGGCACCAAUUACCACCGCGACUAUGAGCGAUGA